AUGGCUUGGCUAAUCAGCUGGUCUUCCCUGCUGAUGCUCUGGGCGGGAGGGCCCAUGAUGUUCGUGACGUGCUGCCUCGUGACGUACUGCUACUGCUGCUCGCGGCGCAAAACCAUCACCAAAAAGUCGCAGCGCCACAGGCUGCAGCUGCCGCUGUGA